AUGUCAAUCGUCUUUUACAAGUUCAAGUCCGCCAAGGAUUAUGAUACAUGCACUUUUGAUGGGACCAACAUAUCGGUGUUUGACCUCAAGCGGGAGAUCAUGCAGGCGAAGAAAUUGGGCAAAGGCACGGAUUUCGAUUUGAUGAUUUACAAUGCUCAGACAAAUGAGGAAUACAAGGAUGACAUGUACAUGAUUCCUCGAAACACUUCCGUACUAGUCUCUCGUCAUCCGGCAUCUAAACCUGGCAAAGGCACCGCACAAAGGUAUUUGACGACAGCUAUGCCGACUGGAGCUAUGUUGGCGGGCUCGUGGUCUCGAGGUGCUCCGCAAGCUGCUACCUCUUUGCCCAAGCAUCACUCUUUGAACAAUCGGCUUCCACAGCAGCGACCGCCAACCUCGACGGAUACUCCCGCAACUGAAAUCACAGGAGAAACAGAAGAAGAACGUAUCGCAAACAUGUUCAAGUUGCAAACAGAACAAUGGGCCGUUGCGCAGGAUAAGAUGGCUCAACAAAAGCCAAUACCUCGUCAAUAUCACGGCGCCGGACGCGGUGGAUGGCGUGGAGGCCAUCAUAACGGUGGUGAUCGCAAUCAGGCAGGCGGAGAGGGUGGUGGGUGGCAACAGAGGGAAUAUCCUCAGCGAGCACCACCACCAGGAUAUAUCUGUUAUCGUUGUGGUCAAAAAGGUCAUUUCAUCAAUCAAUGUCCCACGAUCGGCGAUAAAGACUUUGACCGACCGAAAUUGAAGCGUACCACUGGUAUUCCGAAGAUUUUUCUAAAGGUUGUCGAUGAUAAGCAAGCUGCAGGAGGAGGAGUAAUGGUUACUCAAAACGGGGAGUUGGUCGUAGCUCAACCGAACGAGCAAGCCUGGGCGAACAUGGCGGCUCGAACGCGGAAUUAUCUGGGUGCGGGGGAUGUACACGAAAUGGCGCCUGUCCCUAGCGAACUGGCUUGUCCUCUUUGUACCAAGUUGCUACGGGAUGCGGUGUUGAUACCUUGUUGUGGAACCAGUUAUUGUGAUGAAUGUAUACGCGCACACCUGCUAGACAACGAAGAUCCGGAACAAAGACUCAAGUGUCCCAACUGCGGUUCAGAUCAGUCUCCAGAUAAUUUGGUUCCCAAUAAAUCGCUGCGUCAAGCUGUUGAGCAUCAUAUUCGGGAUUUUGCCGCGAAGAAGGCUGGUGGUCCUCCGUCUCCGGUCCCUGCGAAUGCUACUGCGGCAUCUGUGAAUGCCCAACCUGCUGAAGACGCGGCGUCUGCGACACCUACUGUCAAUGGGACAGCAUCUGCAGCUCCCCCAACACAAACAACUACAGUGGCACCACCAUCCACUGCCCCGAUAGUACCCGCUAUAAACAGACCGCCUACGACGGCGAAACCCUACAAAAUUAUCAAACCUACCAAUGCUACGCCCGCAACUACCACUUCUAACCCUACUCCACCCGUCCCCAAUGCUGCGCCGAUCGAGGUAGAAUCGUCGGAUCGGAAGCCAACGAUAACACCAAUACGGAAGAUUUCCGACUCUAGCACUCCCACUGUAUCCGCGCGACCGGGUCUCAAAAGAGGUCCGGAUGAGGCUGGUGUGAAUGGGGAGAUGGAGGAUCAGUACACCCCGGACGGAACUGACAUGAACAACCGUCGAGUCCGUCGCGGCUCCCUCACACAUCGGUAUCAAGACUUUGAAGAAUACCCACCACACAUGAUGGUACCUGAUUUUGAUCCAAGAUGGGGAGGGCCGGGCCCUAUGAUGCCUCCACCUCCUCCCUAUGGAAGAUUCUGGGAUGGACCUCCACACAUGUUUCCUCCGCCGCCACACCGACGGGGUGGGUACGGGAUGCCUCCACCGGACAUGUUUGGCGGACCGAUGGGGAUGGGCAUGGGUAUGGGAAUGGGAAUGGAGAUGGGUAUGCCCCCCGUGGAUGGAUGGCGAGGUGAAAUGGGUGGACGAGACUAUCCUCGAGACCGUGGUUAUUACCCCCCAGGCCCUGGAUCGUCCGGUGGACGAAUGGCAGUAAAGCGCCCACGAAAUCAAUCUGACGUUAUCGAUGUCACAUCCAAGCAUUCUAGUUAAAUAUCUGCAUUAUUGGGUUACAUGCAAGGGGGGCGAUCAACAGUCUGUCUGCUUUUGGCUGGAGAGGCAGAUAUAUUGGACACAUUUAUAUUGGGCUUAUUUGUGCAUUUCCUCUUCUCUAGCUUUUAAUAAUACAUCAUGGUAUGCCUUCACGUACGGCAAG